CAAAAUUUUCGAACUAACCCAUCUUCCUCCUACGCCUCCGCCUCGUCCCCUAGCCCCCGGCCCCAGCGCGACGACAGCUCCAUUUCCCCCUCCUCCGCCUCCUUCCAACUCAACCCGCGCACCAAACCCGAAUUCGCAGCCACCGCAUUCCCUCCCCUACCUUCUCCCCCCGCAUCUCCACGAGCGGCGGCUGCGGCGGCGGGGGCGCGCUUCCUCCGGCUGUGGUGUGGGCCCACUGGGCAGUGGCGGCGGCGGCGGCGGCGGCGGUGGCGGGGUUUAUUCCCCACGGCUGCAGGGCGAGGCCGAGGCUGUGGCGGCCGCGAGCAGGGUGGAGCUGGUGUUGGGGGCUGGCGGCGGCGGCGGGGCGAGAUCCGGUUGCCGUUGGGGUGGGCGGCGCGAUCUGAGAUGGGAGUAACGCCCGCGGCGAGGUUCCCGGUGCGGCGGUGAGGUUGUUUCCGGCAGGCAUGACGACCAACACCAAGCGCGCUUACAAGCUCCAGGAGUUUGUGGCGCACUCGUCUAAUGUCAACUGCCUUAAAAUUGGGAGGAAGACUUCGCGAGUUCUUGUCACAGGAGGAGAGGACCAUAAGGUUAAUCUUUGGGCUAUUGGGAAGCCCAAUUCAAUAUCGAGUUUACCGGGGCAUACAAGUGCGGUGGAGUCUGUUGCUUUUGAUUCCACAGAAGUAUUUGUGGCUGCAGGAGCAGCCAGUGGGACAGUUAAAUUAUGGGAUUUAGAGGAGGCGAAGAUUGUCCGCACGCUUACUGGACAUAGAUCAAACUGUAUGUCCGUUGAUUUCCAUCCAUUUGGAGAAUUCUUUGCCUCUGGGUCAUUGGAUACUAAUCUGAAGAUAUGGGAUAUAAGAAGGAAGGGUUGUAUCCACACGUACAAAGGUCAUACGCGUGGGGUGAAUGCUAUUAGAUUCACACCCGAUGGCCGUUGGGUUGUUUCUGGUGGUGAAGAUAGUGUAGUGAAGAUCUGGGAUCUAACAGCUGGAAAGUUACUACAUGAGUUCAAGUCCCAUGACGGUCAAAUUCAGUGCAUAGAUUUUCAUCCCCAUGAGUUCCUUCUGGCAACAGGUUCAGCUGAUAAAACUGUCAAGUUCUGGGAUUUGGAGACCUUCGAGUUGAUUGGAUCUACUGGACCUGAGAUGACAGGUGUACGGUCCAUGACAUUCAAUCCUGACGGAAGAUCUCUAUUAUGUGGGUUGCAUGAGAGCUUAAAGGUUUUCUCUUGGGAACCGAUAAGAUGUCAUGAUACUGUCGAUGUGGGAUGGUCUAGAUUGUCUGAUCUAAAUGUCCACGAGGGAAAACUUCUUGGUUGUUCUUCUAAUCAAAGUUGCGUUGGAAUAUGGGUUGUUGAUCUAACGCGUCUUGAGCCAUACACAACAGGUACUUCAACAAAACUCAGUGGUCAUUCUGAAUUGAAGACUUUGUCAAGUGGCACUAUGCCAUUACAAAAUGACAGUGGUUCAAGGGCUAACAUAGGGCGAUCAUCAGUUAUGCAAAAUUCAGAGAAUAACUUAAAGGUUUCUACAGGAAGACUUUCAGUUUCUCAAAAUUCAGAUUCUGCACCCAAAGAGACAAAACCAACAACUUCAGGUGGCAUGGUUCCAAACACACCUCAAAGGGCCGGAAUUAGCUCCAGUACUAAAACAGUUGGACAUUCAACUUUUGCAUCUGGUGGCACCACCUUGAAGAGAAGUUCACUGAAGAGUAGCAAUGCUUCUAAUCCUCACAAUUUCAGUAAAGCUGACGUGGUGCCUGUGAUCAUCCCAAGAACUAGCUCAGGAACAGAACUGGAUACUGAUUCUAGAAGUUAUACUGCUGAUGCGGGCCCUGUUAUUUCGAAGGCAAGCAGAAGGGUAGAGCCUGCUACUGAUCCUAGGAAAGAAAUUGCUGAUGUUGCACCUGUUGUUCCUAGAACAGGCUCAAGAAUGGAAAUGGCCUCUGAUUCAGCACCUGAUGUUGUCUCUAGGGCAGGCAGAAGGUUAGAUUCUUCUGCUGAUUCUCGGAAGGAAAGUACUGAUGCAGCAACUGUUGUUCCCAGGGUAACUUCAAGAAUGGAAAUGGCCUCUGAUUCUGUACCUGUUCUUUCUAAGGCAGGCAGAAGGUUUGAGUCUGCUACUGAUUCAAGAAAAGAAAGCGCUGAUAUGGCACCCGUUGUUGUUCCCAGAGCAACUUCAAGAAUGGAAAUGGCCUCUGAUUCUAGGAGAGAACCUUCUGCUGGAAGAGUGUCACCUUUUAGGGUUCAAUCACGUUACGCUGAAUCAAGGAAGUUAAGCAAUGCCAAAGUUGAUAUAGACAAAGUUGAUGCGGGAAGCAAAGAUACUGAAGCUAAUGACCUUACUUGUCAAAUAUUUCUUCCUCGGAGGAAUGGUGGCAUUCAAACAGUAAAUUCCGAAGAAUCUCGUGACGAUGUAAAGCCUGGUGCAGUUUAUAGGUCGGGAUUUUCAGGUUCAUCAGAAUCAAAUACGAGCCACCGCAAUGAGAGUUAUGUUCCUAGAAUGCGUAAGCCAAGAGAUAACUGCUAUAUGGAAGUUUCAAGAGCAGGAAGAACAAGAUCAAUUGUUUCUAAUUGGGAAGAAAGGGAUGAGUCUACAAGCCAUGAAGAACCAACGACAAGCAAUUCUUCUUUGGUGGCUCCUAGAGGCCGAUUGUAUUCAUCUAGAGGAAGCAGUCAAGCGUCUGAAACUAAUGUCAUAGUAACUGAUGAGGAUGUUUUAUCUCUUCUCAUCGAAGAGCAUGAGCUAUUUCUGAGCUCAACGCGAUCUCGUCUGACAAAAUUGCAGAUUCUUCAUCAAAUGUGGCAAAGAAAUGACAUAAGGGGUGUUUUCGCAGCAAUGGAGAAGAUGUCUGAUCAUGCUGUAUCUGCUGAUAUGGCGGGUGCUCUGAUGGAGAAAGGCGAAACUAUCACAUUGGAUCUAUGUACCACUAUCCUGCCUGUCCUCGCUGAUCUACUGGAGAGUAAAACGGACAGGCAUGUAGUUGUAUCAUUGGAAUUGGUGGUGAAGCUUGUCAGGACCUUUGGGCCAGUAAUACAUUCAACUGUAUCAGCUGGUCCAUCUUCUGUUGGUGUAGAUCUUCAGAUGGAGCAAAGGAGGGAGCGGUGCAACCUAUGCUUCAUUGAACUGGAGAAAGUAAAAAAUAAGCUUCAGUUUCUUACAAGAAGAAAAGGGGCAGUCGCAAACACCGCGCAGGAGCUCAGUCUUGUCUUCCAGGAAAUUAUGCAGUAGACUGACCACACAUCCUCAUACAAAUACACAAUUAAAAGGGAAAUUCUUCCCUCUGGUAUCACCAAGAUUGGAAUCUGUUGCCAUGGAGCGCGGCUUGUUUUUGCGCUACCUUGAGGCUCCAAGGUCAGACCAGCAGCAGUAACAUUUUGUUGCUACUGCUCAUGCCCUUUGUACAAUACUAACCCUCAUUGGUUGGCAUCCUUGCCAUUUGGAAAGGGUAGCCAGCAGAACAAUGAUUCCAGCCGCAGUGUUGCUCUCAUGACGUUUCACCAGCUCCUGAAGGUAUUGUUUGGUCACGACCUUGAGGUCAAAAAGGCCUUCGCCGGUGCUUGUAAAUGCUGUAGCCUCCGUCACUUCUGUGUAUCGGGUUGCAUUUGAUAGUUUGUUGUUGGGUUGUAUGUCUCCGUCAGAUUCGGUGACAAGAGUGACGAGUGAAUGUGAGCCUGAUCCAUGUACAAUUGUACACCAUUUUUUGAAGUGUUAUCUGAGAUUUGGACUCUUGAUCCACGACCUAACUAUUUGAACUGUGGAAUGAUGCAACUAGGUGUUGAUCCUCUUUGUUCAAUAUAAAAUUCCCUGGUGGCAUCGUCUGAA